AUGAAUGCUUUCCACUAUGAUAGCAAGAUAUGUGUUGAGGCAGCAGGAUUCUCUGGAGGAAUUUGGAUGUUUUGGAACAGCUUAGAGCUUGAAAUUGAAGUAAUAGGUACCAACUGGCAAUUCAUCCAUGCUAUGGUCCGGGAUGAGUCGCAACAGGAAUGGCUACUAUCUGCAAUUUAUGCAUCACCUGAGAUGGGUUUGCGCCGUGAGUUAUGGAAAUACCUCAAAUUGGUAGGAUCUCAUAUAAACUAUCCAUGGUUGAUUAUUGGGGAUCUCAAUGAGAUAGUGGAAGCAGAUGAAAAAAAGGGUGGAAGAGUGUUUCGGAGAGUAGGAGAGAACAGCCUCUGGGAUUGUAUUAAUAGCUUUGAGUUAAUCGAUUUGGGAUUUAAUGGUCCAACUUUGACGUGGAACAAUCUUAGGGAAGGGGGCGCAAGGGUUAGGAAACGUCUAGAUAGGGCACUAUGUAAUGAGGAGUGGAGAAUUCAAUUUCCAGAAGCAGCAGUUACACACCUUGCUUGGGCACACUCGGACCACCACCCCUUAUUGUUGGAGGUUGCUAUCAGAGGCAAGAAGCCAGUAGGACCUAAGCCUUUUAGAUUUGAGUUGGCUUGGUUGACGCAUCUAGGUUUUAUGGACGAAAUUGAGAGAUGUUAG